GGCUACCCUGCGGGCGCCGAGAAGGCGAGCAUCGGCGCGCGCGCGUUGCGGAGCCAUGGAACUGCCCGGCAGCCUGUGCAAGAAAGUCAAGCUGAGCAAUAACGCGCAGAACUGGGGCAUGCAGAGAGCAACUAAUGUCACUUAUCAAGCCCAUCAUGUCAGCAGGAAUAAGAGAGGCCAGGUGGUGGGGACCAGAGGUGGCUUUCGUGGUUGCACAGUGUGGCUAACAGGUUUGUCUGGUGCAGGGAAGACCACAGUGAGCAUGGCUUUGGAGGAGUACUUGGUUUGCCAUGGUAUACCAUGUUACACUUUGGAUGGUGACAAUAUUCGUCAAGGUCUCAAUAAAAAUCUUGGCUUUAGCCCUGAAGACAGAGAAGAGAAUGUUCGACGCAUUGCAGAGGUUGCUAAGCUGUUUGCAGAUGCUGGCUUAGUGUGCAUCACGAGUUUUAUAUCACCCUAUACUCAGGAUCGCAACAAUGCAAGACAGAUUCAUGAAGGUGCAAGUUUACCUUUUUUUGAGGUAUUCGUUGAUGCUCCUUUGCAUGUUUGUGAACAGAGGGAUGUGAAAGGACUCUACAAAAAAGCCCGGGCAGGAGAAAUUAAAGGUUUCACUGGGAUUGAUUCUGAAUAUGAAAAGCCAGAAGCCCCUGAAUUGGUGCUGAAAACAGACUCCUGUGAUGUGAAUGACUGUGUCCAGCAAGUUGUGGAACUUCUACAAGAAAGGGAUAUUGUACCUGUGGAUGCCUCUUAUGAAGUAAAGGAACUGUAUGUGCCAGAAAAUAAGCUUCAUUUGGCAAAAACAGAUGCAGAAACAUUACCAGCACUGAAAAUUAAUAAAGUGGAUAUGCAGUGGGUGCAGGUGUUGGCAGAAGGCUGGGCAACCCCACUCAAUGGCUUUAUGAGAGAGAGAGAAUACUUGCAGUGCCUUCAUUUUGAUUGUCUUCUGGAUGGGGGUGUCAUUAACCUGUCAGUGCCUAUAGUUCUGACAGCCACUCACGAAGAUAAAGAGAGGCUGGAUGGUUGUACGGCGUUUUCUCUGGUGUACGAAGGCCGCCGGGUGGCUAUUCUUCGCAAUCCCGAGUUUUAUGAGCACAGGAAAGAGGAGCGCUGUGCCAGACAGUGGGGGACAACCUGCAAGAACCACCCCUACAUCAAGAUGGUUAUGGAGCAAGGAGAUUGGCUGAUUGGAGGAGAUCUUCAAGUCCUGGACCGAAUUUAUUGGAAUGAUGGUCUGGAUCAAUAUCGUCUUACUCCUACUGAGCUAAAGCAAAAGUUUAAAGAUAUGAAUGCAGAUGCUGUCUUUGCUUUCCAGUUACGCAACCCAGUGCACAAUGGACAUGCUCUGUUAAUGCAGGACACUCACAAGCAGCUGCUCGAGAGAGGGUACCGGCGUCCAGUCCUCCUCCUCCACCCUCUUGGAGGCUGGACAAAGGAUGAUGAUGUUCCUUUGAUGUGGCGCAUGAAGCAGCAUGCCGCCGUGCUCGAGGAAGGCAUCCUGAAUCCUGAAACCACCGUGGUGGCCAUCUUCCCAUCUCCCAUGAUGUAUGCGGGGCCAACUGAGGUCCAGUGGCACUGCAGAGCACGGAUGGUUGCAGGAGCGAAUUUCUAUAUUGUUGGACGAGACCCUGCUGGCAUGCCUCAUCCAGAAACAGGGAAGGAUCUUUAUGAGCCAACUCACGGCGCCAAAGUGCUGACAAUGGCCCCGGGCCUCAUCACCUUGGAAAUAGUUCCCUUCCGAGUUGCAGCUUAUAAUAAGAAAAAGAAGCGUAUGGACUACUAUGACUCCGAACACCAUGAAGACUUUGAAUUCAUUUCAGGAACACGAAUGCGCAAGCUUGCCCGAGAAGGCCAGAAACCUCCUGAAGGCUUCAUGGCUCCCAAGGCGUGGACUGUGCUGACAGAGUACUACAAGGCUCUGGAGAAAGCUUAAGCUGGCAGCCCCGUCAGCCACCUGUGACGCUCUGCCGAGUGACAGGAGGGGACCACAGAGUCGCUGUGGGCAUUUCCUUGCGGUUGUCUAUCUGGCCAUGCUUCCUAACAAACACCAUUUUCCUUAACCUGUGUCAGUUUUGGUCUGCCUAGGAGUUCGGUUCUGAACUAGUGUGAUGCUCUGUUGGUUUUAAUGUAUCUUUUUGACUUACAGUUAGUACUUCUACAGUGCAGUUUUAAUAUCUUGUCUUUUUAUAUUAUAUUUAUGCUUCUGUCUCAUGAUUUUUUCAAAAUAUUAGCUGUAACCAGUAAUACACAUAUUGUACCUCACUUUUCAUCCUUUAAAAAAGGAAAAAAAUAAAUCACUAAACUUGGCUAGACCUUGUUUUGGAAAUUUUACAAGACAUCUAUAACAAUUAGAUUUUUUUUUUCUACAUUGAGAAUAUAAAUUGCUUCCUUUCUUCCAAUCAGUUAUUGAUCUUUCAGCCAUUAUAAUCUAAAAUAUUUGUAUGAUCUGUGUAAGCUCUGAAUGAACUUGUGUAUUCAAUAAAAUUAAUUUUUUGACUUCUUA